UCGGAUUAACUGCAUUAGCUCUGCACUCAGUUCUCAUGAAUCAUCUGCAGCUCAGGAUCUGCAACUUCCUGUGAACACAUUAAUCGUUGUUGUGAGGAUGGCCAGGGUGGUGCGGACACGCUCGGAGGUGUUUGGUCAGAUCAGGAGGGAGCUGUAUGAUGAGCAUGAUUUUGGUGAAGUCACUCACAUCUUCAUCAUCAUGGGAGCAUCAGGUGACCUCGCUAAGAAGAAGAUUUACCCCACUCUCUGGUGGCUGUUUAAGGACAGACUUCUUCCAAAGGAAACCUACUUUGUUGGCUUUGCCCGUUCCCGCUUGACCCUGGAUGACAUUCGCACUGCCUGUUUACCCUACAUGAAGGUUAAAGAUGAAGAUGACGAGCUUCUCUCAGCAUUUAUUUGUCGGAAUUCUUACCUGGCUGGAAGCUACACUGAGGCAGAGUCUUUCAUCCAGCUUCAGACCCACCUGGACUCGUUGUGCCAUAGUGCUACUGCUAAUCACCUCUUCUACCUGGCACUGCCACCAAGCGUUUACCAUGAUGUCACCAAGAACAUCCGUGAACAUUGCAUGAGCAACAAGGGCUGGAACAGGGUGAUUGUAGAGAAGCCUUUUGGACGGGACCUACAGAGCUCAGAGGAGCUGUCAGCACACCUCUCGGCCCUCUUUAGUGAGGAGCAGAUCUACCGGAUAGACCACUACUUGGGAAAGGAGAUGGUGCAGAACCUCAUGGUACUAAGGUUCGGGAACAGAAUUUUUGGCCCCAUUUGGAACAGGGAGAGUGUGGCCUGUGUGAUUUUAACUUUUAAAGAGCCCUUUGGAACUUAUGGAAGAGGUGGAUACUUUGAUGACUUUGGCAUUAUUCGUGACGUCAUGCAAAAUCAUCUUCUGCAGAUGCUCACUUUGGUCGCCAUGGAGAAACCCGCCUCCACAAGCUCUGAUGACGUGAGAGACGAGAAGGUUAAAGUGCUGAAGUGUAUAUCUCCAGUGGCUCUGAGUGAUGUGGUACUGGGCCAGUAUGUGGGAAACCCAGAGGGAGAAGGAGAUGUUAAGAUGGGUUAUCUGGAUGAUCCCACAGUCCCUGAAGACUCCCACACAGCCACCUUUGCCACUGCGGUGCUCUAUGUUCAUAACGAGCGCUGGGAAGGUGUCCCCUUUGUGCUGCGCUGUGGAAAGGCCCUAAACGAACGCAAGGCCGAGGUGAGGCUGCAGUUUACUGAUGUGCCAGGCGACAUCUUCAACUUGCAGUGCCAGAGAAACGAACUGGUAGUGCGUGUGCAGCCCGAUGAAGCCAUUUAUGCCAAAAUGAUGAGCAAAAAGCCUGGUGUGUAUUUUAACCCAGAGGAGACAGAGCUGGACCUGACCUACCGCAGCAGAUACAAGGACGUAAAGCUUCCCGACGCGUACGAGCGUCUCAUUCUGGAUGUGUUCAGCGGGAGUCAGAUGCACUUUGUACGCAGUGAUGAGCUGCGGGAAGCCUGGAGAAUCUUCACGCCUCUCCUUCACCAAAUCGAGGCAGAGAAGGCACAGCCUAUUCCGUACACGUAUGGAAGCCGCGGACCAAAAGAAGCAGACGAGCUGAUGAAGAGGGUUGGAUUCCGCUACGAAGGAACGUACAAGUACUUGCUUUAACCCGAGGGACAUUAUCUCUCAGCUCGCAGGACAAAGACGCCUGUCUGCUGCCUUUAUCCUCCCUAAUAAGUUUAUGAAGUGGAUUCAUAUAAAUACCAGUUAAGAACAAAUGGCCAAAUUGUAUUACCUGUUUAUACUAGCUGUAUUUUUAUUUGUCUUAAAUAAAAUGCAGCAUCAUUCCA